UGUAUGUGUGUGUGCACAUAUGUUCCUUCAGUCUUUCACAAAAUGUCUUCCUUCUGUCCUGUUCAGUGUGGCUCUCCUCUCUGCCAGAGGGCAAUGUACUAGGAUAGGCUGGGGAAGUGGCAGAGCAACAAAGGGCUUCUCAUUUAUGGGGGAAACUGCCAAGAUUUUUAAAGUACCAGAAGUCUCCCCACCACCCUGAAAGAAAAGUCUAGCAGAGUGACGGGGACUGAUCCUUGGAAAUACACUCUGACUGACGACAGUAGCAGAGAGGUGUUUGAGAGAAGCCCCCAGCAGGUGUCUUCUGGUGUGUCCAUAAGUGUGCUUCAAGAGAAAGGUGGAGGCUUGGGUGCUGCAUGGUGUUCUACCCCUGAGGCCAGUGCCCUGUGUCCUGGGAGUUCUAGCCCCUUCCUGACCCUCAUGCUCUCAGUGAAAGAUUGCUAGUUCUGGAAGCUAGACCCUUUUUCUCAAAAAGCAGAAGAUAGAAAAAGGAUUGAGAUAAGAUCCAGGAAAGUGAGCAAACAAAGAAAAUGAUCCAGGAUUCUAUGAUCUGAAUAACUCCAUUCUUGGGAAUUAUUCUCAGUGGUGCUCUGUGCAUUCUCUGAGGGCCAAGCAAAGGAUUGGACAGCUGUGUGGCCUGGGAGAUGAGAGGGGCAUGGCACGAAUACUACUGGAAUGCAGUCUCAGUGACAAGCUGUGUGUUGUCCGGGAGCAGCAGUACGAGAUUAUCAUCAUCCCAACCAUCCUGGUUGGCAUCUUCCUUAUCCUUCUUGCCGUCAUCCUGUGGCUUUUUAUCAGAGGUCAAAGAGCUCAACAACAGUCUCCUGGACUCCGAGGCAUUGGCCCUGUGCCUCCAUCUAGGGGCCUAAGCUGGGAGGCGGCAGGGCAUGGAGGAAGUGUGUUCGUGCCACUUAAGGAGACCUCAGUGGAAAGCCUCCUACGGACUACCACUCAUGCUCUGGCUAAGCUGCAGGUGCCCCGGGAGCAACUCUCUGAAGUUCUGGAGCAGAUCCACAAUGGUAGUUGUGGAACCAUCUACCGAACCAAGAUGUACACGGGGGACCCUGCUAAGCCAAAGAGUGUUGUCCUCAAGGCUUUGGAAGAACCGACUGGGCUCCAGGAAGUACAGGAUUUCUUAGGGCGAGUCCAAUUCUAUCAGUACCUGGGGAAGCACAGGAACCUGGUGCAGCUGGAAGGCUGCUGCACGGAGAAGCUGCCGCUCUAUAUGGUGCUGGAGGAUGUGGCCCAAGGGGACCUGCUCAGCUUUCUCUGGACCUGUCGGCGGGAUGUAAUGACCAUGGAUGGCCUUCUCUAUGAUCUCACAGAAAAACAAGUCUAUCACAUUGGGAGGCAGGUCCUCCUGGCUUUGGAAUUUCUCCAGGAUAAGCAUCUGUUCCAUGGGGAUGUAGCAGCUAGGAAUAUCCUGAUCCAAAGUGAUCUUACUGCCAAGCUCUGUGGACUGGGCCUGGCUUAUGAAGUCCAUGCCCGAGGGGCCAUCCCAGCUACUCACUCUGUACCUCUCAAGUGGCUUGCCCCAGAACGACUUCUGCUGAAACCAGCUGGCAUCAGAGGAGAUGUCUGGUCCUUUGGGAUCCUGCUUUAUGAGAUGGUGACUCUAGGGGCACCACCAUAUCCUGAAGUCCCUCCUAUGAGCAUCUUACAAUAUCUCCAAAGAAGGAAGAUCAUGAAGAGACCCAGUAGUUGCACACAUACCAUGUAUGGUCUUAUGAAGUCUUGCUGGCGCUGGAGUGAGGAAAGCCGCCCUUCACUGAGAGAGCUGCACUCACGUGUAGAAAUCGCCACUCGAACUGCAGAUGACAAAGCUGUGUUGCAAGUACCUGAGUUAGUGGUGCCUGAACUGUAUGCAGCUGUGGCGGGAAUCAGCGUGGACAGCCUCUCCUACAGCUACAGCAUCCUCUAAAGAUCCUGGGGAAAGAAACAUUUAUGGGUGAUUACAUGCUAUUGGGAUGGACUCAUCCAAGAAUGGAGAAUAGCUUUCUAGUGGGACAUAAAGGGAGAAAUAGGAUAUUCCCCUAACAUUUCCCUAGAUACCUGAAAUGAUGCUAGUUGAGGCUCUACACUCCAUUUACCCUGGAGACUGAGAAGGAGAGUUUCAUUUCU